AUGGAGUAUAGUCCGCUUGUAUGGUCUGCAUGUCCGCCUUCAUAUCUUCUUCUGCUGGAUCAGGUUCAGAGGAGGGCGGAAGCAAUCAUACGCUACAAAACUCGGGAACCGCUGGAUGUCACACUUCAACCAAUGCAACACCGGCGUAAUGUUGGCGGCCUUUGUGUAAUGUAUAAAGUUAACGUAGUGCAGACUCCACAUCUGUCAAGCUUACGCCUUCCCGCUCCACAUGACUCCAGCUACGACACCCGUGGUGGACGCGAGCGACAAGAGCAAGUGCGUGUGCCCUUUGCCAGGACAGAGAACCACCUGCGCUCAUUUCUGCCAAGAUAUGGGCGCCUCUGGAACCACAUGGUCAGGAACACCAGCCUCCAUCACGCAACGUCUCUACAACAGUUCAAGAGUCGCGUCAACAUCUGGCUCCUCAACCAUAUAGCAGAAGUACAGAGUUUUUAG